CGUCACCUUGGUCGGCACACUUGCCCAGGUUCUCCAUAUCUUUUUCAGCUCGGGCAGUUUUCCUUAUUAAGAGAUCUCCGUGUCGUGAGUGAUACUUGACGGACAUUCUCACUUACUAAUGGUGGAUUCUAACUGGAAGUCAUGGUAGCUGCCGACGCGCACAGCGAACUCUCGCAGUACAUUGCUCGCUUGCUGCUGGAGCGCUCUGACUGGCCGCUCGACAGUUUGAGUAACCCCGUGCUGCGCAUCGAGGCCUACCUCGAAGAUAGUCCCCGGGCCGGCGAGAGUGAAACGGUGGCGUUUAGGAGACAGCCCACGCCCGUUUUUAGUCAUGUUGUUGAUCUGGCAAGCCUCAAAAGGAGGAGUAUAAGAGUGUCCAAGCCUCAACCAACGAAUGCCGGCGAGGUAGAAUCACAAAGUCCUGGGGAUACAGUCACUACAGUAUUACCCGGUAGAGGCCCAACCGCGCCCGAGGCAGAUGAUGAUGAUGAUGAUGACGAUGAUGAUGAUGGUGAUGAUGAGUCUGAUGCGAACUCGGACAGUCAACGAAAAGGCACUGGUGGGCUCAGACCAGCCAGGUCAGAUUCGGCUAUUGUCGAGGAGACAGAUAGCCAAAGACAGAUUCACAGCGGGGACAAAUUUCCCAAGCGGCGGAGAGUGAAACCCGAGGGUCAUUUUCUGCAGCCUUCGACCUUGGACAAGCUGAUCGGCGGCAUCUGGGAGCAGCUCCACGGCAGCGUCAGCCUUGAUCCCCAGAGUCUGGUCGAACAGCUCCAACUCAAAGGAAACGAGAGUAGCGGCGGAGCGGGCGGGCUCGCUAUGGCGCCUCCGAUGACGGCCACUUUACGACCUCUGAAGGCGAAAGGCGGCAGGGCCGAGGUGGCAGGGCCUGAGACACCCGAUGCAUUUAGCAGGAGCAACAUCUUCUGCCGGCAGGUGACACAGGCAAGCCGGGCCUGCCGGUCUCUCGAGGUCAUCGUGCAGGCGCGCUGGGUCGAGCACUUCGACGCGUAUGUAGACAGCUGGGCUCACGCCAACCCAAACGUGCCGCGGAGUCGGUAUAACAAAUCUGCACUCAUGGGAGCGUGUGCCGACUUUGGCUGGGCGGAGAAGGAGUUGAGGAACAAGAUGUACGUGUGGCGAGGGUACAAAGAGAUCAAAGACGCUGGUGGGUGGGCGGCCCUCGUGUUUGCCGGCAUGGGUAUCUACAGAUUCUGCAAGUACCGCAUCGGCUUCGACAGGGAGAGCAUGCAGCGCCUGAGAAAUCUGAAGCCUGCGAUGGAGGUCGCGGCCGACACAAUGCACCCGCAGUGGCGGCAGCUGCUCACGGUCGUGGGCGAGUCCCCCGAGAAGGCGUUCCUUGGGCAUCAACAUGAUUGGGUUGUACAGCUGGACGGGAAUGAUCCCAUCCCGCUCAGGAACACGUAUCUUCAUUGGGACCCGCAAUUCAGUUACCGUCAGCUGGAUGAGGCGGUCGUGGACGAAGCGGCCUGGGGCUGCGAUGACCCGCGUUGGUCGGCGCCCCGAGACGACGUGGUCCGGGCAGCAGCACUCCCGCUGUGCGAUACAUGCGAGAAAGAGCAGUCCGACAACCCCAAACUGAACAACUGUUACUGCUUCCCGACGCUUUUCGGAUGCGCCAGUUCGACCCCCAGCCCUGUGCUCGUCUUCAGGACGGCGGACGGCAAGAACAACGGCCUCCUCGCUCUCUGCGCUUUCGAGCGCGGCGCGCCGAUUGGCGAGUUUGUCGGUCUGAUAACGAAAGGACUUCGCGACGUUGACGUGAUGGAGAGCUCGACGCCGACGUCGAGCUAUCAGAUAUGGCAGGGGCGGCAGGGAAACUUUACGCGGUUCGUGAAUCAUAGCUGCAAGGCUAAUGCGCAGUAUCAGCGCUUCUCCUGGAUGAACACGCAGAGGAUCAUCUUGGUGAGCAAGGGGAUCGAUGCAGCAAUGGAGAUCACGGUGGAUUACUCGGAGAAGUAUUGGAAAGGCUUGGAUAAGAAGUGUUUGUGUGGGGAGAGUUGUUGUAGAUAUCGGAAAGGAAGCAAGGGUAAGAAUAGCUGAGAGUCAUUCAUACAGACCAAACUAGUGAAGGCGAAGUAAUAGACGAUAAACAACAUAUAUAUAUAUAUAUGAUGGCUCUCUUGUGCUAGCGUCUUGUAGGCAAGAGCGAGUCCCAUCAGAUGAAAA